CUGCCGGACUGACGGGCGGCCGGGCGGUGCGCGGCGGCGGCGGCGGCGGGGAAGAUGGCGGCGUCCUCCCUGGAGCAGAAGCUGUCCCGCCUGGAAGCAAAGCUGAAGCAGGAGAACCGCGAGGCCCGGCGGAGGAUCGACCUCAACCUGGAUAUCAGCCCCCAGCGGCCCAGGCCCAUUAUUGUGAUCACUCUAAGCCCUGCUCCUGCCCCGUCCCAACGAGCAGCCCUGCAGCUUCCACUGGCCAAUGAUGGGGGCAGCCGCUCGCCGUCCUCAGAGAGCUCCCCGCAGCACCCCACGCCCCCCGCCCGGCCCCGCCACAUGCUGGGGCUGCCGCCCACCCUGUUCACCCCACGCAGUAUGGAGAGCAUUGAGAUCGACCAGAAGCUGCAGGAGAUCAUGAAGCAGACGGGUUACCUGACCAUCGGGGGCCAGCGCUACCAGGCGGAAAUCAAUGACCUGGAAAACCUGGGCGAGAUGGGCAGCGGCACCUGCGGCCAGGUGUGGAAGAUGCGCUUCCGGAAGACCGGCCACGUCAUCGCCGUCAAGCAAAUGCGGCGCUCGGGGAACAAGGAGGAGAACAAGCGCAUCCUCAUGGACCUGGACGUGGUGCUCAAGAGCCACGACUGCCCCUACAUCGUGCAGUGCUUCGGCACCUUCAUCACCAACACGGACGUCUUCAUCGCCAUGGAGCUCAUGGGCACCUGCGCCGAGAAGCUCAAGAAGCGGAUGCAGGGCCCCAUCCCGGAGCGCAUCCUGGGCAAGAUGACCGUGGCGAUCGUGAAGGCGCUGUACUACCUGAAGGAGAAGCACGGCGUGAUCCACCGCGACGUCAAGCCCUCCAACAUCCUGCUGGACGAGCGGGGCCAGAUCAAGCUCUGCGACUUCGGCAUCAGUGGCCGCCUGGUGGACUCCAAGGCCAAAACGCGGAGUGCCGGCUGUGCCGCCUACAUGGCCCCUGAGCGCAUCGACCCCCCGGACCCCACUAAGCCCGACUACGACAUCCGGGCGGACGUGUGGAGCCUGGGCAUCUCCUUGGUGGAGCUGGCCACGGGGCAGUUUCCCUACAAGAACUGCAAGACAGACUUCGAGGUCCUCACCAAAGUCUUGCAGGAGGAGCCCCCACUCCUGCCGGGCCACAUGGGCUUCUCGGGGGACUUCCAGUCCUUCGUCAAAGACUGCCUUACUAAAGACCACAGGAAGAGACCAAAGUAUAAUAAGCUACUUGAACACAGCUUCAUCAAGCGCUACGAGACACUUGAGGUGGACGUGGCGUCCUGGUUCAAGGACGUCAUGGCGAAGACUGAGUCGCCGCGGACUAGUGGCGUCCUGAGCCAGCACCACCUGCCCUUCUUCAGGUAGCCGCGCGGCAGCGGCUCGCCCCCAGGGGCCAGGGGCGUGGCCACCGGCCCCCUCCCCACCCGGCCCCCCAGCUGCCUGCCAGGGGAGACCUGGGACCUGGACGGCCGCGAGGGCUGAGGACAGACAGUAGGGGGCGCUCGUCCGCCCCUCCCUCCCUGCCCACCAGCCGUGGACAGACAGGCCCACCAGCCCCCAACCCCUCCCGCUCCGGGCUGCGCCGGCCAUGCCGUCCGCAGACAGACAGACACUGUGAACGGAAGACAGCAGGCCGCGAGCAGACUCGCUAUUUAUUCCGUCGUAACCUCCGGCUGGGGCCCCGCACCCCCAGGGCGAGGCACCCCCUCCGCCCCUCCCCACGCACAUGCUCCUCCGCGCCUCCCUCCCGCCGCCUCCCUCUCUACCUCUCUGCCCCCAGGACUUCCGCUGCCUCCCGCCCUGCCUCUCCCUGGCCCAGGGUGGCCCUGUGGGUGUUGUGACCGCAGCCGCACCCGGGCUGGCUUCUGCCCCCCUUUCUCUCUCUCUCUCUGUCUCUCUUUGAUCUCAGGGGGUCCUUUUUGGAGUUUAUUGUAUUUUAUUGUACUUGGGCGUUGGGGGGGAGCUUGUCCUCGUGGGGUUCGUGGGUACCUCCAGACAUUUUACCAAAGUCAGGUUUAGCUGCUUGUGAGGGGCGGCCCAGGGAGCGGGGCUGGGCCACCGUUGCUCCUCAGGCCUGGUGUGGGCCCGGGGGGCUCCGGGGGCUCCUCCCCCAGGGCUGGAGUUGGCCGUGGCUUGGGGUGAGCUGAGCUCAGGAGGUGCAGGGAGCCGGGAUGCACGCCGCCCUGGCCGCCGCCCUGGCCGCACGGGACGGCCUUCAGGGAAGGUGGGCGCAGGGUGUGGUGGGAGUGACAGGGAGGUGCUUGGAGGGACUCAGAGACAGGGGCGGGGCUGUGGGCUGGAGGAGGGGCCUGGAGGGAGUCAGGAGUUGAGGGCAAAGGGAGUGAACGUGGGGGUUUGCGGAAGUGAAGGCCUGGCAGGGGGAUGGGGACCUGCAGUGGCUCCCCGGCAGGAAUGCCCCCGCUCACCCCGAGCCACGGUCCCCGGCACACCCUGGAGCUGGUCCCUAGGAGCCAGCUGCGCAGGACGGGGGGGGGGGGGGGGUUCCUUGGUGAUGCGUGCAAAUCAGGCGGGCAAGGAAACGGGAAAACAAACCACAGACAAAACCCGAGCUGCACCAAAGCGAGGAGCCCCGCUGGAUCUGGGGGAGCAGCUAGGCUCAGGCCCACAGCAGCCCCUUCCCCGACUCCCGUUACAAUAUCCACGAGAUGCUGCAUGUGUACAAUGUAGUAGAUGUCACCGCCUCCCCCCCCCCCCCGGAGGCAAGGCCACCCUCUCCCAUCCUGGGCCCCUUUGUGAGGGACCCCUGGUGGGGAGCCCACAGGCCCGGCCCUGCCUGCCCGGCCGAGUCCCGCCCCAUGGUCUUUGCUGGUAUCUAGGAGGUCACUGGGGCUGGGGCGUGGGGAUGGCUCAGGCGAAGGCUGGGCUGCCUGGUUUUAUUUUUAUUUAACUUUAUUUUCUGUUGUGUGUGUGUCUGCCCGGCCCCUCCCCUUCAGUGUUAUGUGGGAGCCCUGGGGGAGUCUCUCCUACCUCCCUGCCUCCCCCAAGACCUCCCCCUCGGUCACCAGCCACCCCUCUGGACCAGACAGAGGGCGGACGGGGCAGGCAGGGGCCUGGGGUGGUGUGGCCGAGCCCACCGGCCCACAGACCCCCUCUCAGGCCGCCAGUAUUGUCCCGUCCCUUUUUAAAAACGAAAUGCCCUUGUUUGUAAAUCCUUAGAGCUUGAGAAUAAACCACCCCCACACACCUUC